AUGAAAUUGACGCUGGUAGCGUUCUUAGCUGUGGCCGCCCAGGCGGCCGAGCAUGUCGUCAACCAGGCCACUUGCGCCGGCACGCCUUAUAAGUACACCGGACUGGCUGGCUUUGGAUUCAUUCCUUCCAAUGCCACCGACAAGUACGGCGACACCAUCGGCGGCAUUGGCAGUUCCAUUGCCAUUGACCAGUCGGCGUGGCGCAAGACGGCCCAUGAGGCCUAUGAGGGAACGAUCUAUGCGUUGCCUGACCGAGGCUGGAACACCAAUGGCACAAUCAACUUCCAAAACCGCAUCCACAAAUUCGCGGUUUCGCUCAAGUUGGCCCCCAACGCCUCGGCCAAGAAUCCCUCGGCGCCCAACGUGCACCUGAAGUACAUCGGCACCACCCUUCUGACAGACCCCGAGGGCAAUCCGGUCACGGCCCUGGACGCCGACGCCAAGGGCCAUGCCUCGUUCCCCGGGUUCCCGCCGCUGCCGGUAGCCACGUACACGGGCGACGGGUUCGGAGGCCCUGGGGCUGGCGGCAAGCGAGUCUCCGUCGACUCGGAGGGACUGGCGCUGGACACGAAGAACGGCGGGUUCUGGGUGUCCGACGAGUACGGGCCGUAUGUGUACAAGUUCAGCGCACAGGGCAAGAUGGAGCACGCGAUCCAGCCGCCGCAGGCCUUCCUGCCACGCCGCAACGACACCAUCAGCUUCAACUCGAACACGCCGCCGCGCUACAACCCCAAGGCGUCGCCGAUCCCCGCGGACCCGCAGACAGGCCGCAACGACAAUCAGGGGUUCGAGGGCGUGACGGUGUCGGCCGACGGCAAGACGCUGUACACGCUGAUCCAGUCCGCGCUGCAGCAGGAGGGCGGCGGCGGCAGCGAGGUCUCGGGGCAGCCGGCGCGGCUGCUGGCGUAUGACAUCUCGGCCAACCCGCCCAAAUAUAUCCACGAGUACGCCGUCCUCCUGCCAACGUACCGUGACUACACCGAGACCGACGCCAACAAGGCGCGCAAGGUCGCCGCGCAGUCCGAGCUGCACCAGCUGCCGACAGGCGACUUUCUCGUGCUGGCGCGCGACUCGAGCUUCGGCCGCGGCCAGGACCAUACGCGCUCUGUGUACCGCCAUGCCGAUGUGUUCUCUGUGCUGAACAGCAACCACACGAUCACGGACCUCAAGGGCCAGAAAAACUACGAUAACGCCGGCGGUGCUAUCGCCUCGUCCAAGGGCAAGCUUUUCCCCGGUAUCACCCCGGCCGAGUACUGCUCGUUCGUCGACUACAAUAUCGAGUCUGAGCUGGCCAAGUUCCGGCUGCACAAUGGCGGCCAGUCGGACCGUUUUCUUUUGAAUGAGAAGUGGGAGAGUCUGGGUAUUGCGCCCGUCGACCCCAGCUCUUCUUCUGCUGGUCACAAGCGAGGUGCUGAGAAGGAAUACUUCCUGUUCAGCUUCAGUGACAACGACUUUAUGACCCAGGAUGGACACAUGAACUUCGGCAAGCUCAAGUACAAGGACCAAUCUGGAAUCAGUCUCGACACACAAGUCUUGGUGUUUAAACUGAAGUUUUAG